AUGUUGAAAGAACAAAAAAAGUUUUUAAUCUUUGCAAGAUUAUCACAUGAGAUGAGGACAAGGAAAAAUUUAUCACUUUAUAAAUAUGAAAUGGAAAAGCUUAGUGAAGCAGAUCAAUGGAAAUUAGAUUUUGUAACGAGCAACACGUGUAGUACAAAUUCGAAACCCCAUAGGUUUUAUUCAUGA